AUGUCCCGACCGAAGCAGCGAGCGGCGGAGGUAACGCUGCAUCACUUCUUUAAAACAGAGCGCGUCGUCCGCCUGGAGUGCGAGCGGCGGGAGGCCAAGGCUCGACUCAGGCUGAUCGACACCAUGUCCGGAGACUUGGACGACCAGCUGCUCUGCGUGGCGCAGUUCAAGAAGGAGUGGCUGCAGAGCCGACGUGUGUUGGAGGAAGCCAGGCAGGCCAUUCUGCAGGAGGAAUCCUCCAACCGUGCAGAUGUGGAGGACGAGUACAGGAGAACGACCAAGAGGGUGAUACGCCACUGUCAUCCGUUAGGUACUCCUGCAGGAUAA